UAAAGCUCAUCUGUGGGGUUGCAAGGCUGGAAAGUCUCUUGGCCGUGCGAGGCAGUCAGCUUGUCACAGGCGGCGCGCUGACUGAUCUCUCUCACAGGGGCUUCUGUGUAAACUGAGGCUAAACAAACACAGAUGGAGCGCAGCGUGCACUCCCCAGACAGGCGGCCAAUGCGGCAGGGACUUCAGCUGACAUUCUGACUGCUCCAGGGGAGAGCCCCCCGCCGCCCUGCCUGUGCCGAGCCGCGUGGUAGCCCAGCUGCGGCAGCCGAGCAGGAGGGGGAGGGAGGGUGUAUGUCUGCAGGGGGGGAGCCAGCGACCUGCGAGAGAGCGCGGCCGGCCCGGCACUCACUGACAGGCGCCCGACAUGAGAAACAUGCAGCUCCUGGACGAGGAGCCGUGGCAAAGCCUGUGCGUGAAGGAGCUCGGCGGCCUCAAGAAGCUGAAGCGGAAGCACAAAGAGCCGCCCGCGAACGGCUACAAAAGUUUCAAAGUGGCGCUGAAAGUCAGCGAGCGCGCGGCCGGCGGGAGGCAGCUGGAGAGACCCGCGAGCCUGGUGCCCGAGAGCGGGGCGGCGGGCAGCUCGCAGGGGGCGGCGGCCCCGCCGCUCCUGGGCGGCAGAGAGGCGGGCAGCGCCGCCGGGGCGCUGGACAUGCGGAAAGGCGCUUUCCCGGCGGCAGGACUCGCCUCCCAGCCCCCGCGCAAAGAGCCCGGCUUGCCCCCGGCCGCUUUGAACGGGCUCCAGCCGUGCCCGGGGGAGCAGAGCCUCCCGUCCAGGCUCGUCUUGUGUCCGCCGCCGCCGCAGCGCCCUUUGGAAAGUGCCUACGCCUCGGUCGCACAUGGCGCUUACAACAGCACGCCCGAGUCCGCCGCAUCGCCUAGGAAACGGCUGGGGGAACCGGCAGGCGUCUCCUCGGAGAUCAAAGCCAUCCAGCAGACCCGGCGGCUGCUGGCGAACGCCCGGGAGAGGACCCGCGUGCAUACCAUCAGCGCAGCCUUCGAGGCGCUGCGAAAACAGGUUCCCUGCUAUUCUUAUGGUCAAAAGUUGUCCAAACUGGCCAUUUUGAGAAUAGCCUGUAACUAUAUCCUUUCCCUGGCCAGACUAGCUGACAUGGAUUACAGCGCUGACCACAGUAACAUGAGCUUCUCAGAAUGCGUGGAGCAGUGCACUAGGACCUUGCAGGCAGAAGGGAGAUCUAAAAAAAGGAAGAAUCCAGCUCUAAUACAGGCAAUUCUGUUCCAAUUUGUAGGCAGCGUUUUCUGCAGCCUCCCUACCCCCACUCCUGGGACGAACGAGUGGUGAUUUUCUAACAUAAAAGGAAUAGGUAGCGCAAGGCACCAGUCGUAUGGCGCUGAAACAUUUUGCUUAGAGAUGAAUUGUUCUCAGAUACUGUGAUGUGAUGCAUUAGCACUAUUAUGGAGACACAGCCCCAACGUAAAGCCACGGCUCCUUCCCUUGAAGAUCUAUCACACUCAUUUUAGAGAUUUAUGAAGAUGAUUGCUAUUCUGAUAGUAAACACAGGCAUUGAUGAUUGUAACACGUAUCAGUGGUCACAUUGCUAAAUACCAGGUGCAGUGAAGUCUUGAUCAUCUGAACUCCAUUUCUUCAGUGGAGGUUCAUGAUGCCUGGGGGUUUCUGGUAAGUAAGGUUCAGGCUCCCAUUUUCCCUUGUUUGAGUAAAGCGGAGGUUGCUCUUUAAAAAUAGCCACUCUGCUUCCCUGAGGUCGGCAGCUUAGCAUGACUAAAAGAGGAAUUGUCCACUUUGGCAUGGGGAACCUCUCCUAGCUGUCUACAGCUGGGAAAGUAGCACAAGCUGCCUUUGAAGGCUGUAGAGAAACCCUGAGCUGGCUCUCCUCACCAUCCCAAUCCCACACGAUUCAAAAUUUUCAGCCAUCCCAAGACACCCCAGGACAGCCUGGGCUCCACUGUCUAAAAUGUUACACCUUCAUCUGCUGGGCAGCACACCCAGGAACAAAACCACAUCAACUCUGGGACAAAAUAGCCAUCUGAAUUAGGUAGACAGACCAGGCAGCUACAUACAAUGAUGUGCCCCUCCCCCCCCCGCGCAACUAGCCACCAGCAGCCCCUUCCAUGGCAAUCAUGCAUUUUUGAUAAACCUACGAUUUGGAGCAGUACAGGUGCCAAAGGGGAUUAUGCUAAAGAGCAGCCACUCCAGCCCAUGCUAUUGCUGCAAGCUAGCGUUAACUUAAAAUGCUUCAGCAGUUCUUCUGUCUUGAACUGGUCUAGCACCUGGAUGCCGUAAGUGAUCCUAGUUGCCAUCAUUGAUCUUGCUGUCUGUAGAAGAGGGGCAGUAAGGGCGUGGAGUCCAAGUAAGUUCUUUAGCCCUUCUGCCCUUUGCGGGCAGUGGAUUCUCAGGGCUCCAGCAUAUCUCUAUGGAUUCCAUUGCUGCACUCCUCACAUUUGCACUGGCCCAGUGGGGUUUCAAGAUCACAUCCCUUCUGCUCCAUCAACAACUCAAGAUGCAAUGAUGUUGAGCAGAAGGCUAGCACUGGAGUCUUUCCGCUGCAUAAAAGACAGGAUGUGGAGAGCCAGCACACAUACCCCAAGUGCCAAUAAGCACAGCUUCUCAGGCUGUCCCUAUGCCCAGUGGAGGAUAGACAAGAGCAAGGCUGGUGAUCUAUGUAGAUCUAUCAAAGAACCACAAUAUCCCUGCUUAAGAGGGAAUACAGCAGCUGCAUGGUCUCCUGUAACUUUAGGUUCCACAGCUGGGUGUUGAGGAUUCUCCCCUGACCUCUCCACGUAUCUCCUUCACACACGUCCCUUUUACAUAGACUGUGCUCUGGGUCUAGGAUUUGGCCCUCAUUUAUGCGGAAGUUAAUGAACACAAACCAACCAGAUUCCACAGGCAUCUUGGUCUAUUGAAACCACUUCAUUUGAAAUGCUUCCCAACAAUGCCCGUUUGCUAAGAUCAUUAGUCAAAUUGUCAAGUUCAAGAAUUAGGGGAUGUCCAUGUGAGGUUUUUUAUUAGUAUUAUUAAUUAAAUCAGCCUUAGAACUUUCUGACUACUGUGAGAAGAGAGGGAGGGCUGGGAAACAAAUGAGCCUGAUUCUGAUCUUACUUAGACGAAGGAGUAGCUACACUGAAUCAGUGGAAUGCCAGUGUAACCUACAAAGCUCCUACAACAUCAAAUCACAUAGGAUGCCUUCCUUUUGCAUUCGCAAUGUCAUUUAUCUGCCCUUGGCUAAUCCAUUCAUUUGCACAUAAAUAUCGCUGGCCUCCGUGCCUCUCAGCAAAGAUUUCAUAGCAAAGACCUGCAGGGAGAUCUCCUAUUACUAAAGCAGCAUUGCACAA